AUGGCUCAACAACAGAAUGACAAUGUGAUGCGGAGAAAGCUGGUCAUUAUUGGAGAUGGUGCUUGCGGGAAGACCAGUUUACUGAGUGUAUUUACGCUUGGUUAUUUCCCAACUCACUAUGUUCCCACAGUAUUCGAGAACUAUGUCACGGAUUGCAGAGUUGAUGGUCGAUCUGUUCAGCUGGCUUUGUGGGAUACUGCAGGUCAAGAAGACUAUGAAAGAUUGCGGCCACUCGCGUAUUCCAAAGCGCACGUUAUUCUGAUAGGAUUUGCUGUGGACACGCCAGAUUCCUUGGAAAACGUAAAGCACAAGUGGAUUGAGGAAGCAAACGAGCGAUGUCCCGGCGUACCCAUCAUCCUUGUCGGAUUAAAGAAAGAUUUGCGCGAAGAUCCUCUCGCGAUUGAAGAAAUGCGGAAGAAGUCCCUACGCUUCGUCACAUCUAGGGAAGGAAGCGAAACUGCCACGCAAAUCGGCGCCAGGAAGUACCUCGAAUGCUCGUCUUUGACAGGAGAGGGAGUAGACGACGUUUUCGAAGCCGCUACGCGAGCCGCCCUUCUUACAUUCGAUAAGCGGAAGACCUCAUGUUGCAUCGUGCUAUGA